CACCUUUUUGUGUUUCCCGCACCGUCAAUCAAAAUAGAAAAAAAUCGACCCGAAUUCACCGAUCAACACAAGCCCGCCUUUGAUAAAAUAAUCAUGUUUGGAGUUGAGUAGAACAGAUUAUCCACCCGGUUACUACCACUCACGCUAUGACUGGUACGUAAACGGUUAGCGCAUCGAAGCGUGCAACUAAAUCGGUGAGUUUGUGCAACCUACAGCGGAGCAAGCUGCGUCUUUUUAUCUUUUGCUCAACUGCUAACUAGCUAGAUAUGGUUAGCUAACGGAGCUAGCAGGCUAGCCGCGGAGUUUACAAAGUAAACAGUCAAUCUGGGCCGAAAUUGUCUCAGAAUCUCCGCUGCAAAGUUGAAUUUCGCAGUCUGCUCCCUUUGGACUGGAGAGUGGGGAUGCUUUGCGGGCUUUUCUGGCAGACAGGAGUUGAAGAUUACAGAGUUUUGCUCAGUUUCCCCCUCUCUCCCUGCUAGCGCCAGAGCAGCCUCUGGAACAAGGAGAAAUGGCGUCCGCGGACGUGGACAGCAGUCAAAGCGAGUUUCUGCAACCCGGCGGCGCAACGGAAACACAGACAACAGAUAUGUCAGCCAUUCAGCUGACCGGCUCAGACCGCUGGGAGGUGUUAACUCCUGUCUCCACUGGGAAGGAAGACCAGGGAGUCGUUCACAUUCCAAACUCUGGGAUUGUCACAUCCAAUGGGCAGUAUGUGCUUCCAAUUGGGAGUAUUCCCAACCAACCCAUUUAUGUUACAGCAUCUGGGAACGAGGCCACAGCUAAUGGAGUGUCGGGAAUCCAGUAUCAGGUCAUCCCCCAGAUCCAAAAUGCAGACGUGACCCUUGCAGGAUUCCCAGCACAGGGACUGGAUGACGGCACGGGGCAGAUCCAGCUCCUACAAGACGGCAGCCAGGGCAGCAUUGGAAUCAGCUGUGCCACAACGGCGACCACAGACCUCCUCACACAGGCGGGUCAAGUGCAGUCGAUCCAAGGCGUCCCUUUGGCUGGGGGGUCCGCGUACACAGGAACCGUACCUGUAGGGCUGCCUAGCAACAUUACAUUUGUCCCUAUAAACAGUUUGGAUCUGGAGUCUUUAGGACUGGCGGGAGCGCAGACAGUCCCCAUCGCAACUGGGGUGACACCUGAAGGUCAGCUGAUCAUGAGCGGCCAGGCACUCGAGAGUCAGAGUCAGGAUGCCGGCGCCAAACAGCCAAUGGUCACGGUGAGCAACGCCAGCGGAAACCCUGAACUCUACGUGCCAACCACCACCACUUCCUCCUCAAACUCGUCCAAUCUUCCCGAGACCAUCGACGGCACCGGGGUGCUGACACAAGCAACCGCCGUGUCUGCAGGCGUCUCUGACCUCUCAUCCACGGCAAACUACAACUCACACAAUCACCUGCAGCAGAUCCAGGUCUCCACCUCCAAUGCCACCACUAUCUCUCAGCCUAUCCUGCAGCUGUCUGGGGACACUCAGGCCCAGGUUGCUCAGGUGGCUCAGGGUCAGGACCUGAACGCAGCAGCAGGUCAGACUCUGCAGAGCGUGCAGCUCGUCAACCCGGGGACCUUCCUUAUCCAGGCCCAAACUGUCACAGCUACUGGGCAGAUCCAGUGGCAGACUUUCCAGGUUCAGGGUGUUCAGUCACUCCAGGGGCUCCAGCUGCCACAAGGCCAGGGUCAGGCACAGCAGCUGACCUUAGCCCCAGUUCAGACUCUCCCUCUGGGCCAGACAGGCCAGGUCAGCCUGCCCAACCUCCAGACAGUCACUGUGAAUUCUGUAACACAAAGCGGAGUUCACUUCACACAGGGGGAGGACACAAACAGCCCAGCUGGUAUCCACAUAAAGGAGGAGCCGGACUCUGAAGAGUGGCAGCUGAGCGGAGACUCCACGCUGAACCCCAGCGACCUGAACAACCUGCGUGUUCAGAUGGGAGACGAAGACAUGGACACGCCGAGCGGAGAGGGCAAGCGGCUCCGCAGAGUGGCCUGUACCUGUCCCAACUGUAAAGAGUCAGGGGGAAGAGGUUCUGGGAUGGGGAAGAAGAAGCAGCAUAUCUGCCACAUCGCCGGCUGUGGUAAGGUUUACGGGAAGACGUCUCAUCUGAGAGCUCACCUGCGCUGGCACAGUGGAGAGAGACCCUUCGUCUGCAACUGGAUGUUCUGUGGGAAGAGGUUCACCAGGAGCGACGAGCUUCAGAGACACAGGAGGACACACACAGGAGAGAAGAAGUUUGUGUGCACAGAGUGCUCGAAAAGGUUCAUGCGGAGCGACCACUUGGCCAAGCACAUAAAGACUCACCAGAAUAAAAAAGGCGUGGUUGCCACGUCCCCGCCCACCACUGACACCGUCAUCACCACCGACGGAACCACGCUAAUCCUCCAGACCUCCACCCACGACCUCGUAGGCAAUCAGGAGAUCCCUUUACAGCUGGUGACGGUGGCGCCCGCCGAGGUCAUGGAGUGAAGGGGCGAGCGAGGGUGAGGUGUUUUUUUUUUUGUUUUGUUUUGUUUUUUGAGAACUGGCCUAUCACAGGGACCUCUCGGGCUUUUCUCUUUCCCUCUUACCUUUUCUUUUGUUUGUUUGUUUUUUACAUAUGAAUAUAUACGUAAAUAUAUAUGACAAAUAUAUAUAUUUUAAGUAAGAGUUAUCAUGACUUUAUGUUUGUUUUUGCAGUCUUUUUAUAGGAAGGCAAAAAAAAUAACAUUAAAAUGUGGUUGCUAUGUACACACAUCAACACACAGACAGACACACACACACAAAAACAUGUAUUAACACUUGACAUGAAUACUCAACACAAUGAAAUGCCUUAUUUUGUAUCAUACUCUUGUAUAAAUGCUGGAGGUGCAUGUGAUUUUUUUAAGCUUUGCAGAUGAUGUAACUGUAAUGGAUAUUAAUGUGUUUGUGAAAAGGAGGCGACAACGAGGAGAAGGAGUUUCUGACAGUAAGAAAACCUCUCGGGAAUGAUUGAAUUUUCUCUCUCGGGAGAGUUUUGACAGAACUGAGCGCGGUUUGUUUGAAGCAGCACUACGUCUGAAGCUGAACUGUUGCAAUGCUGCUGCCAUGAACACUUCUUCUUAGUUGAAAAUGUUCCAUAAUGAGCAAAAUUUUUCCUUCUGCUUGUAGUUAGCUGAGAAAAAUGAUGCCUCACAUGUUUGUGAGCUGACUUCUUUGUGUGGGUCGGUAUAGCACACGCUGGAAACAAGGGGAAGUGCUGCCUUUACUGAACAAAAGUGUAUCACCUGAAAAUCUCAUUAGAUAUACAGUACUGUGCAGAACCUUUAGGCACGUAGAUGAAGGAGGAUUGACACAACCCAGGUCAUGAUCUGGAUGUCCUUGCAUAUUACCAGGAGCAUGCGAAAAUAGUCUGUUGAAAAAACAAAGUCCACACCUUUAGCGGGGAGUAAGGAUAGCAGGAAAUGAACACAAUCAUAUUUUUCAUGGACUAGGUGUUUUAAACAUCUCCAGAAUUUUAAGUAAGUCCAGAACUAUUUUGUCAAUAAGAAGGGGAAAGGGAUAAUUGUUUGACAUUAAUAGGCCCAGACAAAAUUGUAAUCCUGGUUCCUGAUUUCACUCAUCAGUGUGCAGCUAUUGCAGUUUGAGUACAUAAAUCUCAAGUUUUGGUCGUGUGUCACAAAUGCUUCUGUCACACAGUGAAUGCUGAUAUUAGAUCUCCACUGGGGUAUCACAAGCAAAAGGGGGGAAAUCCGGCAAAUUGUUUUGGAUUUGCACAGUCAAUAGUCCUAGUGGAAAAGCCCAAUAUAUCCCCUUUUUAAAGUUUUUUUGGGCGCUGCUUGCCUUUAUUUAAUAGGACAGGUGAAGAGAGACAGGAAACAUGGGGAAAAAUGCACCAGAGACUGGGAACUUAUCCUGAGACAAGUGCACUGAGGACUACAGCCUCUGACUAUGGGGGCCUGCCACACGGUGGCCAGCCCCAUAUAUCAUAGCUUUUAGCAGGACACCAGGGAAGACUCAAGAGAAGUAGCCAAGAAAUAGUCCUGCACAUACUAACUCACUGUAAAAAGGUGAAAUAAGUUUAAGGCGAUUUGUUUUUUAAUCAAAGCUAGACUCAUUUUAAAACACCUGAUAGAUGAUCUUGAGCUGAUUUUGUCACCUUCUAUUAGAGGCAGGCUAGCUUUUCCCCUUGUUUUCAGUCUUUAUGCUAAGCUAAAGUGAAUCCCUCAUAAAUAAUGCAGAAACUUAUGAACGGUUUCAGUCUUCUCAGCUAAAAAAAAAAAACAGCAAACAUGCAGGAUUCUCCAAAUAUCCAAAUGUUCCUGUAACAAACUCCCAGUAGCUGUCGCCCAAUCAGAGACAGCCGAUAGGACGGUGCCUCUGUAGUCAUGCAGUGCUGCUUCAAACAGCGGGACGCUCAGCUGGUGGUCAGAGUAGGCCGAUAGUGCCACUGUUAACUGAUCUGAAGUUCAUGUUCUUCAUGAUGCAGGUGGGGAAAAAAAAAAAGAUGCAAGCCGUUUUGAAUGAAAAAGGGCAACUUCUUCCAGCAUCCGGUCAGUCUGAACAGAAUGUCUCAUCUGUCCUCACAACCCCGCUGUCCCCCAUGUUUGUCCACAUCGCUUGUUUUUCCCCGCUUUUAUUUUGUUGUAAAUUCUUUUUCUCUGUCUGCUUGACGAUCUGAGUGUUGUCGAAAUCAAAACCACAUAGUGGUAACGGUCGAUUUGAAAGACUGGAGAGGUUACCUCUGAAGUACCUGCAGGUUUUCUGUCAUCUUCAGCAGCAGGAGAACAUGUACCCGUGUUGCCAUGAGGAGAAAACCAACAAACGGAUGCAAAAAUUAACAAAAACCCUGGAGGGAGCUUCUGUCACUGAACAUUCCAGUUGGACACCAGAUGAUGUGGGAUUGCAAUAACUGCUCUGAUGGUUAUCCUGGACAGAUGUCGCUCUAUUAAAACAAUCAUGCCAUUGUUCUUUUGUUUUUAUAAUUGAUGUAACCCCUUCCACAGUUUGUCCUCAUGUUUGUAGCAUCCAUUUACUUGUAUAUUAUCUUAUUUUCACAUUGUUUAUAGAAGCCAUUACUUAGUUAACUGAAUUUGUUGUAUCAAAACCUUAUUUUAAGUGAUUUUUUUAAGAAAUGGUGUAAAAAUUGAAUGUUACCUUUUGUAAAAGCUUUUUUCAAAUGGAUCACAAUAAAAGUCUGAAACCUUCCA